AUGCGUUAUCAUCGAUAUCGGCCACUGCAAAGCAAUGACUCUCUUCGGAUUCUGACUUUGCAUCCCAGCUUGAAAGAUUCAGACCCUAUUGCAUGCACCAUUCAACAUGCAUCACUAUCCGACGCGUCUCUCGAAUACGAGGCACUUUCUUACACCUGGGGCGAUAGCAAUCCCACGAAGAAGAUUGAAUUGAAUGGUGGCAGGGAAUGGCAACGCGUAGGGGAGAAUUGCUACCAAGCCCUUCGGCACCUGCGGCUAAGACACGAGCACCGGUUGGUUUGGAUCGAUGCCAUUUGUAUCAAUCAGCGAGAUAUGGCAGAGCGGGCUUGCCAAGUUCGGAUCAUGGAUAAGGUUUUCUGGCGCGCAUCCAAUGUCCUGGUGUAUCUUGGCGAACAUACACCAGGAAGCCGUGUUUUGUUCAAUGAGCUGACAGCGGCGGACGAGUUGCUUAGGCAGACAGGAGGCUGCGAUCGACCGUGUCCAAGUGAAGAAAUUGUUCAAGAACUCCAGACAUUCUACCAAAGACCGUGGUUUAAAAGAGUCUGGGUUCUACAAGAAGUCUUCUCGAAAGCCUCAGUCACAAUCAUCUGUGGUUCUUCUAGCGUGUCUUUUGAUGCUCUCAAAGAACUACACUUUGGUUAUCACUCAAACCAUAAUGUGACCGACCGCGCUUGGCCUUUGCCACUGAAACUCAUCUAUCUAGCACCAGAACACUACUCAACAACCGAGUUCUGUCUAUGGAAUCGGCUAUACGAAAGCCGAAAUUGCCUGGCAACUGAUUCCAGAGACAAGAUCUUCGCCCUCAAGUCUUUGACUGGUCCUGGGCAGUCAAAGAUGGAGCACUUGAUCGAUUAUACACAAACUGCUGAGCAGAUCUUCACGAACGUUGCAAUAUUCCUUCUGCCAGUUCUUGGGCUUCGAAUAUUCACCGCCAUUCACCACCCACACAAGAGAAACAUGCCCUCAUGGAUUCCUGAUUGGACCCAGGAUGACCCGCUCCAUUUCUAUUACUUUGUGGUUGAAUCUCUGGAGGACACAUUCGAUCGAGCUGCUCCAAAACUUAAGUCUCAAGACAACCGAAAUCAUCAGAUUCGCCCGGUUCUGAAUGAAUGGAGCAGUGAACAUCUUGAGCUAUCUGUCACAGGGUGUGAGUAUGCGCGUAUAGAAGAGACUAGCAAGGUCUUCAUGUUCCUAGAUACAAACGACGCAAAGAACCAGAUCAUGGCACUUUUAUCGUUUCUUGGUGAUUCUGAAAGCAUUUCGGGUGUUGAUGGCAAAUCAAAUAAUUGUGAUACCCAUAAACUUCACUCACACUUAAGUCGGUUUUGGUCCAAUGUGGAUCCAAGUGAGUCAAUGUCAAUCAGCGAUGAGGACGCUGGUCAUUUCUUUAACUCUCUCAACCAAUGUAGGAUCGGCGUUAUGGAUAACAAAGAACUGAUAAUUGUACCUGCAUGUGCGGAGCGAGAGAACGUAGUUUGCAUACUCUCGGGUACUGACGCGCCUUGCUUGUUGAGACCAGACCAAUUUGAGAACUGGACACUUCUUACUGGAGACUGCCACAUAUUUGGGGAUAGCUUCAGGGUUCCGUCUACUGUCUUCUUUCUGUGUGAUGAGUUUAUUGAGAGCCACGAUAAUCGAGUUCGGGAUUUCAGAAUUCGAUAG